UAUGAAUCAAGAAAGGCGUCGGUGCUUGCGGGGUAACGAACCUACUACUGAUCACGUGAAUAAGUAUUUAGGCACUGAAAAUUACUUUCCAACGACGAUGCACUUGUGCGCUGUUAGCAGCCAUAGUGAUGUGAAGUCAACUUUUCUUCGCGAACUUGCCAAAGAUGCACUGGAUCAAAGUACUUGUCGCCUUGGUACUAAGUUCGUGCUGAAAGCGGAUCGCUUUGCUGUUACCGUAUUUGAUUUACCUAACAGUCAUCUCUUGAACGCGAUGCUGAGCUUUUGUAUCGACAGCAGCCGCGCACUUUUUGUCUACGUGGUCAAUACAAGUCUGUCACAGGCCGAAAUGGAAGAUGACGCUGCUAAAUGGAUGGCAAACAUUACUUCAUUGUUUGCUGUUAAUGGUGGUGCUGCAAACGUGAUGAUAGUCGGAAUCAUACAUGAUGUUGGCGUGACAGCGAAACAAAGAAAGAAGUUAGAGAAUCUUGCGAAAACGUUGACCGAAGAAUUUGGACAGAAAGUGAAUAUCCAUGGAAUCUUAUCUUGGGUUGCAAAUUUGCUGGAACGGGAUUACGACCAGACGGCGAGGAUAAAGCAAGCAUUGUUUACUCUAGCAGAUGGUAUCAUUCAGGUGAGUGCAACAAAAUGUAUGUCGUAAUGUCGCGUAUAAAAGCUGAUCUCGAAUAAAAGCCGCAAAAUCGAAGACCUC